AUGCCCGUCUCACCGCCCGCCGGCGGGGAUAGGGGGCCCUCGGAACGGCAGCGGCGGGUGAGGGGACCGGGGGAGAGCGACACCGCGGGGGGACGACACCGCGCGGCACUUCCGGGCAGCGCCGGAACAGUGCUGGCUCCGAGUCGCGGAUGGGUCUUCCACGGGCUGGACCAGCGCCUCGCCGCCGCCCCUGCCUUGGUGAGCGCCGCGCUGCCCGCCCGGUUCUACGCUGCGGCAGCGAAACCUUCAAAAGAAGGUUCACAAAGGACCAAGAAGGAACAAACAAAAAAGAAACCGGUAACUAGGAGGAGGCCGCUGAUGAGCAAACCUGUGGAUGAUGUCUACUUGACGUGGCUUUACAAGAGGCCAUCCUAUGAUUUGGAGGAGGCUGUGGGAAUGCUAAAGAAGUUUCAGGAACUGGACUUCACUAACCCCAAACAAUAUGUCUAUAUUAAUGUGUUCCUAGAUAUGGCACUAAAGAAGAAAAAAGUGGAGCCAUUUUCCAGCACUGUUCUCCUCCCACAUCGCUUCACAGAUGAAAUCAACAAGGUCCUGGUUUUCACAGAGAAUGAGCAAGAAGCUGAAAUAGCUCGAGAGCAUGGAGCUGCUGUUGUGGGAGGAGUUGAAUUAAUUAAAUGGAUUUUGGAAGGUGAAAUCCAAGUGGACUCCUAUGUAGCUGUUCCUGAAAUCAUGCCUAAGCUGAUACCACUGAGGGGCAAACUGAAACGAAAAUACCCAAACACAAGGAAAAAUUCCCUUGGCCAUGAUAUUCCCCAAAUGCUGAAACUCUACAGAGAAGGCCUUCAGUACUCAGUACAAGAUGAGGAUGUCAUCAAGACAAGGAUAGCAAGACUGCAUAUGCCUGCUGAGCAGAUCAUUGCCAAUCUGAAAACAGUCAUCAAUGAUAUCUGCACAUUCAAGCCAUCAACUUACGACCCUAUUGUGCGGAAGUUGGUCAUCAGAUCUGCAACCAGUGAAGGUUUGAUGUUGAAGCUUAAUGGAAUUCUACCUCAGGUGGAGAAAGGAGAAGGAGAAGUGGAGAAAGGAGAAGGAGAAGUGGAGAAAGAAGGAGAAAUGGAAGAAGAAGAAGAAGAAGAAGAAGGAGUUGCAGAAGAUGAUGAAGAAAAACGUGCCCAGUAAUCUGUUAGUACCUGGUGUGUUUCCUUGUAA